AUGAGUCCUUUUGGAGAUGCCCCUGCUGGUACAGACCUCACUGCCAACCGGCGUCUACAAGACAAUGCAGCUGUCACUGCCACAUACAUCAUGGCCGUCCUCGCCAUUGCGCUGCGGUUCUACACCCGGUUUCGAGUGCAACAGGCGGCGCUGGCCGCGGACGACUGGACGAUCCUGGUGUCUUUGCUCGGCGUGACGGCAACCUUCAUCUCGACAAUCAUCGGCGGAUACUACGGCCUCGGGAGACAUGUCUGGAGCGUCCCUCUGGCCGACGUUGAGGGCCUCAUCCACAUCCUGUUUGCAUACGUGCUGCUUUACUUCAUUGCUGUGCCUCUCGUCAAGCUGUCGGUCUUGCUCUUCUACCGCCGCAUCUUCGGCAUGCGAUGGACGUUGUGGUUCUGUGCGGGCCUCACCGUCGGCUACUGGGCGGGCUGCACUGCCGCCUUUCUGUCCUGCUGUCGCCCGCUCUCUUACUACUGGAUGCAAUAUAGCCAUCCCGACAGCGGGAAGUGCAUCUUCGAGCUGUACCCGUUCUAUAUCGGCAACGCUGCCGCCAGUAUGGCCACCGACGUACUCAUCCUCACCGUGCCCAUGCCCAUCGUCUGGAAGCUGCACAUGCGACGCUCGCAGAGGCUGCUUGUCUGCAGUAUCUUCUUGCUAGGCAGUUUUGUCUGUGUGGCGAGUGUUGUCCGCAUCUACUUCAUGACCUUCCUCGCCACCUCCGCCGACAUCACUUGGAUCAUGGGCAACGUCUUCAUCUGGUCGAGCGUCGAGCCCUGCAUCGGCAUCGUGUGUGCCUGUCUGCCCACCCUGCAGCCACUGCUCCGGCACAGCCUCCACAGUCUCGUCUCACGCAUCCACUCGUCGCAGAAUACCCCGAGGAGAGUCAAUCAGAUCAUGCCGGACUGGGACGAGGCCUGUCUGACCACACAUGCCGUCCAGAUCAAGAUGGGAUCGGCAGGGAGUGCGGCGGCACCAGAUGGCAAGAUCACCGUGGAGACCGAUUUUCAGCUUGAUGAGCUGCGACGGGCAGAUUCUCAAAUAGACAGCGAUGAUUAG